CAUUUUUCCACUGCGAAUCCAGCAGGAACAAACUGUACCGCAUAUGAAUCACAUAAUCAAUAAUUGUGCGUGAGCUCUGGUCAGCUCCUCAUAUCGACACGUCUGUAUGAGCGGAUCCGCGCAGGUGUCCAGCUACUGAACACGCGUCUGUUUUUCUCCAAACGGAACGCUCGUUAUUGGCUCGUUACACGUUGGCGUUCCCCGGUCGCUGCACCGCGGGUUUAAUCAAAGAAAACACUGAGAGUAUAAAAAUACACAUCUAGCCAGACACAUCUCGCGCUCGGUUCCUGUCCCCGAGUUCAACGCUAAAAGCGCUUCGUGCUCCAACGGGGAACACGGGAAACUGCAGCAAGAAUAAAGCAACGAGAGCGCGAGGAAACCGGAGAGGAGGGGCGCGUGUGCGCGAGCGUUUCCUCUCCGCAUAAAGAAACAAAAAGAGAGAGAGAGAGAGAGAGAGAGAGAGAAGAAAGGAAAGCAAAGCAAAGCAGCAGCUCCACGCCACUCCUUUGUUUUAGGAAAUCGCUUGAAUCGCUCGAAGGACUGGAAUGAUGCAUCGCGUUUCUCUCGCGCUUUCCUGCGACGCCUGUUUUUAAAGGCGAACUCCACGAUUUUGCGUUUUAUUUGGUGGAAGAGCGUUUGAGGUCCGAACCCUUCAGACGCAUUAAGUGUUCCCUCGCGUUCGCCCUCCAUGCGUUUAGACUCGUUUUUUCCCCACAGUUUUCCGUUCCACGCCACAGGAUCCGCCAGAGCGUUCUGAAGCUCGUCUGUUCUUCUGCUCGCGGUUCGAGUCUGUUGUUCGCGUCCAGGCCCGAGAUACUCGCUACUCUUCAAAGGCCUUUAAUGCGGCACGCGCGCGUCACAUUGUAACGGGUUUCCUCGCGUCAGAUGCGCGUCGGUUCUGAUCCAUAAAGCGCCGCUAAUCCUCGUCCAGAACACCUCUCCUGCGCUGUCCGCUCUUCAUACGCAGCGUCCGCGGCCCUCUUCGAUGUUAAUGUCGACCGACGUCGCAUCUGUAAUGCUGCCCGUGAGCCACGGGAUCCUGGAGCACGACCGGGAUCUGGACUCCGGUUCGGCGGUGGUUCGGGGGAUGAAGCGCGGGGAUCCGGAGCCGGAGGGAGCCGCGGCGGCGGGGGAUUCGGUCGGGGCUGAGUGCAAACGAGCGCGGAUGGACGGUACCGAAGACACCGGACAGGGUUCACAGGACACGAUGGGAGCUCCGGAGGGCAUCGUGGCUCCGUUCUCCUCCUUCCCUCCCCCUCCUCCUCCUCCUCCUCAGAACGGCCUGGCGCUGGAGUUCGGGGGCGGCAGCGUUUACUCCGCAGGGGGCCAGACGGAGGCCCCGGCAGGAGUCAGCAGCACCCCCUCCUCUAACCCCAGCGCUCAAAUGUCAGACAGCUCUACUCAGGCAGAGCUUCAGUGUGUUUCUGCCGGAGGUUCCAGCAGCAGUGAGUCCUCCGAGGCCAAAGGAACCCCGAAGCGGCUCCACGUCUCCAACAUCCCCUUCCGCUUCAGGGACCCAGACCUGCGGCAGAUGUUCGGGCAAUUUGGAAAGAUUCUGGAUGUGGAGAUCAUUUUCAAUGAGAGGGGCUCAAAGGGUUUUGGUUUUGUGACGUUUGAGACCAGUGCAGAUGCAGAGAAAGCGCGAGAGCGUCUCCACGGGACCAUCGUGGAGGGACGGAAGAUCGAGGUCAACAACGCUACGGCUCGAGUGAUGACCAAUAAGAAGAUGGUUAGCCCGUAUGCUAACGGAGAAGGCCUCAGCACGCUGCCCUACGCGGGGUGGAAGUUGAGUCCUAUGAUGAGCGCGAUGUACGCACCGGAGCUCUACGCAGUUCCAGGGUUUCCGUAUCCCACCACCGCCGCCGCAGCAGCCGCCGCGUCCACCGCGGCCAGCUUCAGAGGAGCUCAUCCCCUGCGGGGGCGAGGCCGGCCGGUGUACGGAGCGGUGCGUGCCGCUGUCCCUCAGCCCACCAUACAGGCCUACCCCGGAAUAGUGUUUCAGGACACUCUGGUUAGUAGCAGAAUGCCUCAGUAAUCUGACCGGAGUGAGGGCCGGAAGGGGGAGAAAGAAAGAAAUUCUGCUUGAAUUCUGCACAUUUCCUUUCUAAACGAUUCAGAGCGCAUGAAAAAUUUGGCAGCAGCAGCAUCAAACGUCCCAGCAGCGGCUCUUAUUAGGGACGACACCCCAAACCAGCGGGUCAGGGCUGGGCGGUGCGGAACAGAACAGUUAUUUUAGCAGUAUAUUGUGUUUCUCUUCCAGGGAAUGCAAUAUAAAACAGUUUAUAUGAUCUUGCUUCAUCUUUGUUCUUUCAGUAAACCACAAGAUCAAAACUAACUGUCAAAGUAAUAUUAGAAACAGAUUUUGACACCUGCAGAAUCUUGAAUGAAUGUUAGUUCAUGCCGUUGCUCGUGAAACGUUUUUUAAAGGGAUACUCCAUCCCAAAAUGAAAAUGUUGUCAUU